GGCAACGUCCUGGUCAUGUACGGCAUCGUCAGAUACACCAAGAUGAAAACAGCCACCAACAUUUACAUCUUCAACCUGGCUCUAGCGGACGCGCUGGCCACCAGCACGCUGCCCUUCCAGAGCGCCAAGUACCUGAUGGAGACCUGGCCUUUCGGGGAGCUGCUCUGCAAAGUCGUCCUCUCCAUCGACUACUACAACAUGUUCACCAGCAUCUUCACCCUCACCAUGAUGAGCGUGGACCGCUACAUCGCUGUCUGCCACCCGGUCAAGGCCCUGGACUUCCGUACCCCCACCAAGGCCAAGAUCAUCAACGUCUGCAUCUGGGUCCUCUCCUCCGUGAUUGGGGUGCCCAUCAUGAUCAUGGCUGUCACAAAGUCUAAAGGCAAGUACGGGAUGGUCUUAUGCAUGCUCCAGUUCCCCGACCCUCCCAUGUACUGGGACACGGUGACCAAGAUCUGCGUGUUCAUCUUUGCCUUCAUGGUGCCCAUCCUGGUCAUCACCAUCUGCUACGGGCUCAUGAUUCUGCGCCUGAAGAGCGUGCGUCUCCUCUCGGGCUCCAAGGAGAAGGAUCGCAACCUGCGCCGCAUCACCCGCAUGGUGCUGGUGGUGGUGGCAGCCUUCAUCAUCUGCUGGACGCCCAUCCACAUCUUCGUCAUGGUCUGGACCCUGGUGGACAUCGACAAGAAGAACCCCUACGUGGUGGCCAGCUUGCACUUCUGCAUCGCCCUGGGCUACACCAACAGCAGCCUCAACCCCGUCCUUUACGCCUUCCUGGACGAGAACUUCAAGAGAUGCUUCCGGGAGUUCUGCCUGCCUUUCCGCUCCCGCAUGGAGCAGAACAGCUUUUCCCGGGCGAGGAACACCACCCGGGAGCGCGUGUCCACCUGCACCCCCUCCGAAGCCCUCCACAAGCCGGCAUGA